AUGGUAAGAAAUAUCCGCGUCUUGAAUCGUUUUCUCUUACGCUUGUUGGUACAGGGCAGGCGUAAGAUUACUAUAGCUCCUUUGAAGGAGGAUCGUAAUAGAUCAGUCACCUUUUUAAAGCGUAAGACUGGCUUAUUCAAGAAGGCACAUGAAUUGGGUGUUCUAUGUUCUGCAGAUGUCGCUGUCAUUGUCUUUGGUAAUAACGGCAAGCUACAUGAAUUCUCUAGUGGAAAUAUUGAAAAGAUUUUGAUGAAGUAUACGGAGCACUCUGGUGAAACUGAGCGUCGGGGGCCGCGCGAUUUCACUGAUUCAAAUGAGAACGAUGACAAUGAUAAUGAUAUUGAGCAAGAUAAUGAGCAUGAUGAUAAUAUGGAACAUCAUCAAUCUACUCAUUCACCGAGUGUUAGCGUUAGUGCAAGACAAGAUGAUAAAGACAUCAAACCGCGCAUCCAAGUCGAUCAAUUGGGUGAUGAAAAUGCUCACUCACCUUCACCGUCAUUUACGCAAAACCAUCCAGCGCACCCACCGCAGCUGCCUCGAUCUCCAAAACCAAUCUCCCCGAAACCACUUUCACCUUAUCCUAUGCCUUCGUCUUUCUUGUCUCCAAACUCACACACUCAACCACAGCAUAAUGAAACGUUUAUGAAUUGGCAAUUUGCGCAGAUGCAAGCUCAGAUGAUGUCACAACAGCAACAGCAACAGCAACAGCAACAUCAACAUCAACAGCAACAUCAACAGAGAACAACUCAACCAUCACCGCAGCAGCAUUUCUUAUCACCAUCAACACACCUCCUCAAUCCAAACUCACCCAAUAGCUCUCAUCCACCACCGCCGUUUUUUGCAUCGCCAAACAUGUCUAAUAUGCCAGGUAUGCCAUGGUACGCUCCCAUUCCACCUGUAGCAUGGCCACCACCUCCUGCGCCUCCCUCUCAACUACCAAAUUCCAUGUUCAUGGAUCCCUUCCAAUUCCCCUUGGAGGGAUUUGGUGGCUCAUCAGAAACUCCAUUCCAGUGGCCGAUUUCAAAUAAAGAUAGUAGCAACGAUAACAGUAGCGCACAAAAUCCUCAAAAUCCUCAUGCCCAUAAAUCAGCUGGUUCUGAUACGGCUGCAAGCACAACAACGACAGCGACACCUGUCAAGACGGAAGAUGACUCACCACGACCUGGAAAGCGAACGCGAAAAAGUUAG